CCAAUCACCCUAGAAUUCCUCUGAUCACACGGAGAUCACAGAGAGUUACCGAUGGAUGGUAUGAGUCAUGAUCAUGAUAUGAGUGGCAUGGCUGGAGCGAUGCCACCAUCAUCCAUGAACAACGGGAUGCAUGGCAUGCACAUGAAGAAGAUGAUGAUGCACAUGACCUUCUUCUGGGGCACGCACACAGAGGUGCUCUUCGACGGCUGGCCCGGCAGGAGAACUGGCAUGUACGUGGUAAGCUUGGUAUUCGUGUUUUUGCUGUCUUUCCUGGUGGAGUGGCUCUCUCAUUCCCGACUGCUCAAACGUGGAUCGACCAAUGUCCCGGCCGGAAUGUUCCAAACCCUCUUGUAUGCCAUAAGGGUUGGGCUGAGUUAUUUGGUUAUGUUGGCUCUCAUGUCUUACAACGGCGGUGUGUUUUUAGUUGCCGUUGCCGGUCAUGCUUUCGGAUUUCUAAUCUUUGGAAGUCGGGUUUCAACAAGAUCAUAAUGCUGUCAAAGGAUUUGAUCCUCCUCCAAUGACUUGUUGAAUAGAAAACAAGGGGCCCCCAUUUUGAUUGAUCUUAGGUUUACGACGUUGUAAUUUUCUUAAUUAGUCCCUUUUUAUUUUUUGGUUUUGAGAAUAAUAGGACCUAUUCAGAUAGCUAGAUGGUUUGUACUGCUAUAUGGUGUCUCUCUUUCAGCAAAACAGAGUAUUUUCUUAGCUUUUCUAUGAAAAAUAAAUCAAUUGAAUAUAAAAUUCAGAGAGGAGGGUUUUCGUUUUCAAUUCUCUUUAACUUUCCAGAAUAAUUUCCAAAUUGGA